AUGAAAUUCAACAUGGCCUGAGCGUCGUUAAAACAAAACAAACCUUGGCGGAACAAACUCGCAAUUGACGAAGAUUUUCGGCUGAUUUAAUCCACAAUCCGCCUGAUUUGACAUUAUAUUCAAAUACGGACUUGCGGCCCGAUUAACCGCACUGUCUGUGUGUGUAUUCGUGGCAGAGUUUUUGUUUCAUCGAGAGACGCCGCGACACUUCAUGACGAUUAUACAACAAAAAACUUUAUUUUCAUAAAUAUUCGUUUACAUUUAUUUAAAAUCUCUCUUAAACGUGCUAAAAGACUAUUGUCGUUGUACUGCAAAAUCUGAUUGAAUUGCCUCGAAUUGAUUUGAAAGCAUUUAUUUAAUAUUUAAUAAAGAAUAAAACUCCAAAGAUAAAAUGGAUAAAAAGCAGCAUAAAUCCGGCAAACAACAGCAGCAGCAUCGUCGUCGUCGUCAUCAUCACCAAACCUCCAGCAGCAGCAGCGGGGAGUCCGGCGGCAGCAGCCCGGCCCACGGUGCGCCCAAGGCGGCCAACGCCUUCGCUAACGACGGCAGCUUCAUGGAGAUGUUCAAGAAGAAGAUGGAGGAGGAGGAGCGGAGGAAGAGAGAGACUGAGGAAGAGGAGAAGUGUCCUGAACAGGCAGGACAGGCGCCUCAGGACAAGAAGCCCUUUAACGUGACCAGCCUUGUGGGCAAGAGGAGAGGUGGUGCCCGGUUGGCUCUCAAGACCGGAAUGGUGGCCAAGAAACAGAUACUGGACUCGGAGGUGGAGGCAGGUAAAGGAGAUGCCUGGACUAAAUAUAUGGCAGAAGUGAAAAAGUAUAAAGCUCAUCAGUGUUGUGACGAUGACAAAACCCGACCGCUGGUCAAAUAGACUGAACCGCUUCCUGAACGCCAGCAGCUCUCCUCACUGCCGCAUCUCUCUUCAUAUUCUUCCUCUCUGUUGUCCUUUUGUUUUCAUUUAGAGCCGCUUCAGGGUUGAGUUUUAUCUUGUGCACCAUAUGUGACUGUUUGUGGGAUUCGCAUUAUUUUUAAGUUCAUUAAGUUUUAGUUCAAGGCGUUAGCAGGACCUUGUUGAUACCUUGUAUUCUAGUUGUUUGGUACUUGAAUGUCACCUGAUCAAGGUAAAUGAUGAAAUUAAACUCUGUACCGCACCAUGUGUUUGUCUGAUGAGAAUUGACUCCAACUGUGUAAUGUCUCUCCAAAUCCUUGUGAUUUUAUGUAAACGUGUAAAGUAAUGUUAUGUGGCCCGUAUGUGGCAUUGGGGUCAAAAAUGGCCCCUUCUGAAAACAUGUUUUCCUUCAUCUCAGUGGCGUGAGAUUUCGUGACUUUCAAAACUGGGCGCAAUUCUGGGUGUGUGGAAAAAAGCACCUUUCAUGGUGUUUGGGGUCAAAUUAGACCUCACAUUAGACAUGAAUGGGAAAGACGAUAACACUGUUUAGUUGUCGAAUAAAAUCGAUAAAUCAGCCGUAAUGGAGAACACACACACACACACACAAGGGGUAAGACUAUAACACAUCCACAGAGCAGAACACACUGUUGGUUUUAUUGACACAUUUUAUUCAUUUCUAAUUAUUAACUUAAUGAAUUAUUAAAUUGGGAUGUUUUAAAUAAA